GGACCGCUCUUUAGCUGCAGAAAAAGAGAGAAACUGUGAGAAGUGGGGGCCCCAACGAACAUAAAACAUAUACAAAAUAUACAUAUCCAUCUGUUUAUUACAAUUGUAACCAGGGGUGACCGUCAAUUUUAAGCACCCCUUACUGAAACCAGGAUAAAAAGUAUAUUAAACCGUUUCUCCAAGCUUUUCUACGCGGAAUUUUGGAUUUUUUUAAUGAACAUUUACUCUUCAUUUUGUAUCCGCAAGUCUUCCUUGCAUCCUUGGAAUCGGACCAGUAUAAUAAAAAAAAAAUCAGCAGACUGUUCAGAGUUUGCAAGCAGACUGUGCAGAGUUUAUGCUUUCCAAUGUAAUGUCGAGGAAAAAGCUCGUGAACUGAAAUCAACUGCUGCAGGGAAAGGAAAAAAAAAACUGAAACACGAGUGACGGCAGGAGGAAAAAAACGUGGGUGAGAGACUGCUUGAGAACUGCUCUGCUCUUAAUCACAGUCCUAAACUAUAAGAGACUCAGGUUGGAACUACUUCAGGAGAAAAGACUGUUGUAAUCUGUUUUCUUUUUUAAAAAAAAAACAAUUCUUCACCUUGACUCAGGCACUUGAUUGUUAUUAUAUGAACUGCUUAUAUUUUAUGUACAAGUGCCAGCUCACUUGUCUGUGCGAGCAGACAGAUUGCAACCACGGGAUUAAUAACUAAACUCUCUGAUAACAGCAUCAUGGUACAGCAAAGUAUCAAAACAGAGAACCCGGAGGAGCUGCUGGCCGGGGAGAGCUCGGACUCUGGGGCAAGCAUCGAGCUAGACAUGGCAUGUUCUCCCACGCCGGGUGCUACAGCUUCCACCGGAGGAAAAGCUGAUGAUCCGAGCUGGUGCAAGACACCCAGCGGGCAUAUAAAGAGACCCAUGAAUGCUUUCAUGGUGUGGUCGCAGAUAGAGCGGAGAAAAAUUAUGGGACAGUCGCCAGAUAUGCACAAUGCUGAGAUCUCCAAGCGGCUCGGCAAGCGCUGGAAGCAGCUCAAGGACAGCGACAAGAUCCCCUUUAUCAGGGAGGCAGAACGGCUGCGGCUCAAACACAUUGCCGACUACCCGGACUACAAGUACCGUCCCAGAAAGAAGGUGAAGUCCGGCGGUUCUAAGCCUGGGGAGAAGUCCUGUAGCAUCCCGGUGGGUAAUAGCAGCUGCAGCGCCAGCAACAAGACCCCCGUGAAGAAGAGCAGCGGGACCAAGUUGUGCAGCAGCAAGCAGCCGGGCAAGCUGGUGCUGAGCGGUAAAGCCUUCCAGGAACAGCCGUGUAUGCUGGACCACCAUUCGCUUUACAAGUCCCGGACCGCAGCCUCCAGCUCUAAGCAGGGAAGUUUGGACAAGAAGCCAAAGCACCGUGUCUACAUUUUUGGUGCUUCGGGCUACCAGAGCUCUUCACCAGUUGCCGUCCCAGCAAGCCCUACCCUGAGCAGCAGCUCUGCCGAGCCCAGCGACCCGCUGAGUUUGUAUGAGGACGCAGGCGGCUCCAUGCACGACUCUCCCGACUCCCCCUCUGAGCACAGCGGAUACCCCAGGGCAUCCUCUCCGGCCCCAUCAACCUCCCACUCUUCCUCCUCGGCUGCAUCCUCGCCUUCCUCAGCAUCCUCCUCCUCCUCUUCUUCAUCCUCAGACGAGGAACUGGAGGAUGAGCUGCUGGAACUCAACCCCAGCCCGGGCUUUGAAAGCAUGUCCCUGGGCAGCUUCAGCUCAUCCGCCCUGGACAGGGACCUGGACUUUAACUUUGAACCGGGCUCGGGCUCUCACUUCGAAUUCCCGGACUAUUGCACCCCAGAGGUGAGUGAGAUGAUCUCAGGGGACUGGCUGGAAUCCAGCAUUUCCAACCUGGUGUUCACCUACUGAGCUAGGCAGCCCAGAUAGACGGGGGGUAAUGACCCACAGUCAUGAAGCAUCCACUGAGAGAGAGAAGAGCAGGAAGAGCUCUCUGCUGAAACUAACUGACUGAACCUCUGCUUUACUUAGAUAAAAUACAGUAAUAUGAAAGGGAUUGUUGUCUUAGCAGCCCAUUGUGUGAGGACCCCCAUUUAAUAACCUUCCCACAAAAACAGCCCCCUUAGUCUAUGUAGGUACUGCAUGACUGGGGAGGUGUGAGCAUCUAAUGCAGCAUUAAUAGGGUUCAUCUGGGGGCUGCAACACUUGGAUAAAAGAAGACACAAUGAGAUCUAAAAAAUAUUAAAGAGCUGAAGUAAUAUUCAUAAUGAAAUGUGUGAAGAGAGGAAGAAGCAGUCCUUUUAGCAGCAUUAAUUGUCUUUCUUCCCAGCCUGAGAGAGAUUGGACUCUCCCUCACAGCAGCAGGCUUGCACACCUUCCAGCAGGAGAGGAGAGGAAGGGGCAGCAGAUACUUAAAGUGAAAAAGAGACUGACAUCAUUUAGGUGGGCGAAGAGGCGCCAGAAAUAACCUCCCCAUAACCCCCUUUUCCUCUUUGGGAGUCAGUCUAGAGGAUUAGGGAUUUUUUUAUUUUUAAUUUUAGUAGUUAUGGGACUGUAAUGGAUUUGCACGUCUGAAGAAGGAUGGCACCCCUUUGGGUUACCCAGCUUUUUCUUUACCCAUUCCUGAAAGGAUGGACUUUUUAUCAAGGACACUAUUUUGGAAAGGAAGGCAGAGCUUUUUGAACUACACCAAGUUACAUAUUUAUGUGGUACUGGGGAGGGGGGAAAGGGCGAUUCUUUUAAAAAUGUGUUUCUCUUGCUCAGAAUCGUGAUGGUGUUGGAUUAUUUCACUGGUGGGUUAAUAUAGCAUGUUAUCCUGUCUAUCUUUUUAAGGUUUCUGUAAGACUGUUGAACAGUUUUAGUGUUAGGAUAAUAUAAAGCAGAUAGAUGGCGCUAUGUUUGAUUCCUACAAAAAUCACCAGCUUUUUUUCUCAUUUUUAACUCUUUAAGGAUUCAAACGCAACUCAAAUCUGUGCUGGACUUACAAAUAAUUCAGGACCAAAAUUUUCUCAGAGUAUGUAUGUUAUUAUUCAGUAGGUGUAAAUGACAGAUUGUUUUUGUUAUCUUUUUCAUUGGUGAUCCACAUUGUUUCCCCCUGUUGUAAAUGUAAUCAAAUGCCAUUUUAUACGUAGAUCUAUUUAUACUGGCCAAACUUUUUUUUAUUAUUAUUUACAAAAAAAUAUUUUUCAUUUUGUUUGGUAGUACUCCUUCCCUACCCACUCCAUUUUUAUGUCUCCUUCACUGAAGGGCUAGAGUUUUAACUUUUAAUUUUUUAUAUUUAAAUGUAGACUUUUGACACUUUUAAAAAAAGAAAGAAGAGAUGAAAACGUUUGAUUAUUUUCUCAGUGUAUUUUUGUAAAAAAUAUAUAAAGGGGGUGUUUUAAUCGGUGUCAAUCGCUGUUUUGGAUUUCCUGACAAUAUUAAAAACACAGGGCGGCUGGUUGAUAUCUCGUACAAUAAAAAUUUGAACCAGCCUAAUUCUCCAUGUUUACACACACUUCAAUCUGCAGGCUUUUUAUUUUAAAGUCACAGCAUCCCUUACAGCCUGGUGCACUCAUAUUGUGUUCACACCUCCAGUUUAUUCCUAAUACACUGUAUAUUGUUUGAGAAUACAAAAAUAAUGUCUUGUAUUAAUCAUAUGUAGUAUUUAUAUAGCGCUUUAUUACUAUACUUAAGAUAUUUUUAUUAUUUUGUGCAGCCAUCUCCUUGGUGGAACCCUGACAGCACAUUAAUUUUUGGCACUGUUUCUGCAUGGCAGACUCCAAAGAGGAGAAGGGAACAAUAUUUUAAUUGCCUUUUUACAGUAUACAGACAGUGAUAGGACAUUGAGCCACACGUGGUGUUUUUGUUUUAUACUGCUCAGCCAGUCUCCUUUACUUUUAGACGUUCAAAUUUUCUAAUCCUUUUGAUGAUUUGUAGUUUGUAAGAAUUGCUUGUUUGUCCUUUUUAUCUUAGAAAGGUUAGCUAAGUUAGUCUGUAUUCAGAUGCUUUAAAGCAACCAGUGCACAUAAUAAGCAAAAAAGGGAUUCUGUAGCUUUAAACUUUGACCACAUUUUUGCACUUUUUUUAUAAUUCAAAAAAUAAAAAUAAAAAAAAUAAACCGUGCCGUUUAAACCACUGGAUCUAUCUAAAUGCCGAUUUGAGUUCGCGACACUAUGUACUGCGUUUUCAUUCUUGUAUUUGACUAUUUAAUCCUUUAUACUUGUCGCUAAACUAUAAUUGUUUUAGUCUCUCUUUGGCAUGAUGAUAGCAUAUGUAUUCAGGUUUCUAGCUGUUGUGUUUUAUGAUUAAAAACAAAAAUUGAAGACAUCUUUGUACAUUUUAAGUCUACUAUGAUAAGCAAAAAAAGAAAAAGACAAAAAAAAAAGAAUGUGUGUUUAUGUAUUACAUGACAGGCACUAGGACUUUACCUUAUUGAGGCAGGUCUGUUUUAACAUAAUUUUUUAAAACUUUUUUGUAAUCCAUCCUGUGCAAUAUGCCGUAUUAAAUAAUUUUGUCUCGCCAUCAAGCUGCAGCAAAGAUUUGAGGCAUAAAAUAUGCCAGCUAAUCAUGUCUAUUUCACUGCCUGUCAGAUUGUUGAUAUACCUUCUGUAAAUAACUUUUUGUUUUUUUAAAGGAAAUAAAAUCAGCUGGAACUGAACCCUUAAACGUGA